UUCCUUCCUAGUAACAAAAUCCUCAUACUAGCUCUUGGCUAAGUUCGUAGUGCCCGAGUGGACGUGGGCAGAGGCCGGGCGGCGGGACUGCGGCAGCGCGGGCGGCGGGCAUUGCGGGUGGGGGCACUGCAGCAUCGCGGCCCUGGGGCAGCCGGGCAGCGGCCCGCUAGAGGGGGCGCUGUGGGCGCCGCCAGGCGUCCUUUUGUCAGCGCGCACGGCCAAGAGAGCUCUCAUUUCCUCCCAGCCUUGUGCGGGAAAUGGAUUUAAUUCUGACCGCAGGGCUGUAAGGGACGAGCGUGAACGACAGCCUUUUGUCAAGAAGUAGCGGCUUCUGUUGUCUGUAAUCACCGCUGACACGGGGAAGCUGCAUUGCUGGUGGAAUUCCAGGCAGCUCUGACAAGUGUGGGGCUGCAGGAUGGGAAGAAAACAUUGCUCUGCAGAUUAGCUGGGUGCAUUUAUUAAGCAGACACCCACAGGAAAAGACAACAAAGCAAAACAGCAACCCACCGUGGAAGACCAGGGAUGGAUAAGAUGCUGUGCAGGAGCUUCCAUCCAGAUGUUUGAAAUCCAGUAGAUGUGGUCGGCGUCCCUGAGAACGAAGAGAGGUGCACGGGCCGAGCACUGAGAAGCAGCAGCCUGGGACAAGGCUGGUCCAGCCUCCCAGGCUUCCAGGAGCGGAUUGCAAGCCCACCAGGACAAUGAGUGAAGAGACUGUCCCCGAGGCUGCCUCCCCGCCGCCCCCGCAGGGGCAGCAGUAUGUGGACCGCUUUUCCGAGGACGACCCUGAGUACCUGCGCCUCCGCAGCCGCGCGGCGGACCUGCGGCAGGACUUCAACCUGAUGGAGCAGAAGAAGCGCGUCACCAUGAUCCUGGAGAGCCCCUCUUUCAGAGAGGAGCUGGAAGGCCUGAUCCAGGAACAGAUGAAGAAGGGGAACAACUCCUCCAACAUCUGGGCCCUGCGGCAGAUCGCGGACUUCAUGGCCAGCACCUCCCACGCAGUCUUCCCAACAUCUUCCAUGAACUUCUCCAUGAUGACACCCAUCAAUGACCUCCACACAGCUGACUACUUGAAUCUGGCCAAGCGCGAGCGGAGCAUGCGGUGCAAGAUCAGCAGCGUUUAUCGUCUCCUAGACCUCUACGGCUGGGCCCAGCUGAGCGACACCUACGUCACACUGAGAGUCAACAAGGAGCAGGAUCACUUCCUGAUUAGCCCCAAGGGAGUUUCUUGCAGUGAAGUCACCGCAUCCAGUCUGAUCAAGGUGAACAUCCUGGGAGAGGUGGUGGAGAAGGGCAGCAGCUGCUUCCCCGUGGAUACCACGGGCUUCUGUCUGCACUCGGCGAUCUACGCAGCCAGACCAGAUGUGCGCUGUGUCAUCCAUCUGCACACACCAGCCACUGCCGCCGUGUCGGCUAUGAAGUGCGGCCUCCUGCCUGUCUCCCACAACGCCCUGCUAGUGGGGGACAUGGCCUAUUAUGACUUCAAUGGUGGGAUGGAGCAGGAAGCGGAUCGAAUCAGCCUGCAGAAGUGCCUUGGACCCACCUGCAAGAUCCUGGUGCUAAGAAACCAUGGAGUGGUUGCUCUAGGUGACACCGUGGAGGAGGCGUUUUAUAAGAUCUUCCACCUGCAGGCUGCGUGUGAGAUACAGGUCUCUGCCCUGUCCGGCGCUGGGGGAGUGGACAACCUCAUCCUCCUGGAAGAGAAGCACCGACCCCAUCAAGUGGGCUCCGUGCAGUGGGCAGGGAGCACCUUCGGGCCCAUGCAGAAGAACCGGCUGGGGGAGCACGAGUUUGAGGCCCUCAUGAGGAUGCUGGACAACCUGGGUUACAGAACAGGCUACCCGUACCGAUACCCCAUUGUUCAAGAGAAAACCAAACACAAAAGUGAGGUGGAGAUCCCAGCCACUGUCACAGCCUUCGUGUUUGAGGAGGACGGCGCCCCGGUGCCCGCCCUGCUGCAGCAUGCCCAGAAGCAGCAGAAGGAGAAGACCCGUUGGCUCAACACACCCAACACCUACUUGCGGGUCAAUGUGGCCGAUGAGGUCCAGAGGAGCAUGGGCACCCCCCGGCCCAAGACCACAUGGAUGAAGGCUGAUGAGGUGGAGAAAUCCAGCAGUGGCAUGCCAAUACGGAUCGAAAACCCAAACCAAUUUGUGCCUCUCUAUACCGACCCCCAAGAAGUACUGGACAUGCGGAACAAGAUUCGAGAACAAAACCGACAAGACGUGAAGUCGGCCGGGCCUCAGUCCCAGCUCCUGGCCAGUGUCAUCGCUGAGAAGAGUCGAAGCCCGUCUACAGAGAGCCAGCUGAUGUCCAAGGGCGACGCAGACACCAAAGACGACUCAGAGGAGACCGUGCCCAACCCCUUCAGCCAACUCACUGACCAGGAGCUGGAGGAAUACAAGAAGGAGGUGGAGAGGAAGAAGCUAGAGCUUGACGGAGAGAAAGAAACCACUGCCGAGGAGCGUGGCUCACCUGUAAGGUCUGCACCAGCUUCUCCAGCACAGAGCCCAGCGAAGUCAGAGACUAAGAGCCCUGUGGUCUCUCCCUCCAAGUCUUUAGACGAAGGUGCUAAGAAGACAGAAACAAGCAAAGCCGCCACAGAGCCUGAAACCACGCAGCCAGAAGGAGUGGUGGUCAACGGGAGGGAGGAAGAACAGACCGCAGAGGAAAUUCUCAGCAAAGGCUUGAGCCAGAUGACCACCAAUGCCGACACAGAUGUUGAUACCUCUAAGGACAAAACCGAGUCGGUCACCAGCGGCCCCAUGUCCCCAGAGGGCUCCCCUUCCAAGUCUCCCUCCAAAAAGAAGAAGAAAUUCCGAACCCCGUCCUUCCUGAAAAAGAGCAAAAAGAAGGAGAAAGUGGAGUCCUGAUGGGUAGUGCCCAUGGGCUCCCAUCCACACCCUCUCCCUCCACCCCUUCCCUUCUCCCAUCUCUGUCCCUGGAAGCACAGGGCCAAGGAGGGAUAGAAUAGGACCCUGGAUCACACUCUGAGGGGGAACUUAGAGAUUACCCAACCAACCCCUCAUUUUCCAUUUGCCCCAGAGAAAUCAGGUGACUUUCCCGAGGUCACACAGCUAGUUAGUGGUAGAGCUUCCACUAGCAUUGGGGUCUCCUGGCCCCCAGUCCAGUGCUCUUUCCACUACACAACACUGCCUAGUUGUGGGCUACCUUUGUGAGGAUGCGGUCCACCAGUCUGAGCCCAGGGCAGAAGGUCAGAGUGGGCUGCAGAGGCCUCUCACAAGUCUCAGACCAAAUCAGACAGGCCGGGACUUCCCCUGAGCAACGUCCUCUUCCUCACAGGAAUCCAAUCUCCUGCUAAUGGAGCUGUCACAGUUUAGAAAUCUCUCUUUUCCAUAGGGUCCCUGCCCUGCUGCUCUCAGUAACCAAACUGACCCGUCCCCUACACCAGGAGUUAAUCUUUGUUCCCAAGGGCUGAUGGCUUAGCUUGUGCUUCCCCAACCACUAACCCUGAGCUUUCUUCAUGGAACCUCCUGAAUGACAGAUGGAUGAAGAAUUUUAAGAGCAGGCAGACAUGAGGGCCAGCCAAGUCAGCCACAGCAUCGGGAAUCGUUUAAUCAAUGUAAGAAGCCAGGAACUUGGCCCAUUUGAAUCGUGCAUCUCAGGCGCUUCAAAACUAAAACCAAAUUUAGCUUAGAGAAAAGUUGUCUCAUGCUCAGGGCGGAAAUUUGGGGUAAUUCAGAUCCUCUGUUGGCUUUGGGUUGUACAAGGAGGAUCAAAACAACACAGGAAAUGCUAUGCCUUUCUAGCUUUGCAUGAUACAUGGAGCAAUGUGGCUGUACCUGUUUCACUCCUGUCUGGCAAUCAGGUGUCCCCUGACCUUCCUUCCAACCUGGAAGCACUGGCUCACAGACUGGAACUGGCAUCUUACCCUUGGCACCUUGACCUUGGCUCCUUUGGGUUCUGACUCAGUCACUCUGGGUCCAACAGAGGAGAAUGAGAUGAGCCUUUGAGAAUUAAUUCUCUUGGAUCAGCUAUCAGAACAAUCAGCUUGGGUGUCCUUGCCCUGUCACUACCUGUCCCUCCCGGGGCCUAGCAAGAGCCACGGCUGCUGCUGUUAUCGCCAACACUAUCCUUUCAUACUCUUCUACGGGACACCGAUUAAUGAGCAUUGUUGGCUCCUAAAAAAAUAGACAAUCCAUUCUCUUUAUAGCACAGUGUCUUCAAAGAGUAUUUUUCCUUUUUGUUCUGAUUAGGGUGAAAGUACUUUUGAAGUUCUUAAUCAUAGUUUUUCACUUUUGAGCACUUACUUUCUAUAUACAGACACUGUGCAGGCUUUCCAUACGUUAUACCCUUGGACGGUCACGAUAGUCCUGUGACAUGGGGUAAGACAGUCCCAUGUUACCAGUAAGAAAACUGAGCCCCCAAAAGGACAAUUGACUUGCUCCGGGUAACUUGGCUAGAAAGAUCCAGAGCCUGGAUUUGACCCCUGGGUCAGUCUGAGUCCAGAGCCUCUGUUCUUAACAAUUACGAUGAUUCAAAAACUUGAAAUCCCCAAGCGGGGGGUUUAAUUUAGUCCAGGACCCAUUUCUGUGACUGGUCUCCACUGUGUAAUGUCAGCAUUUGAAAUGAAGGCAGGAAACUAUCUGUCUUCUCCCUCAUCAGUGCACGUUAAGCUCCUGACAAACGUGGACUGUGGCGAGGCCAGUGCGGACCUCUGACGGAGGAGAGGCAGGAGCCUUCUGGUUGGGCCAGAGUACGGGGUGGGGGGGGGGGUGCUAUUUCUUGAGAAGAAAGGAAGCGUGACUAAGGAGAACGCAGAACUGUGGCUCUCUCGUGCAGAUCCCUAACUGCUAUCCCAGCUCCCACCCCGCUCUACUUUCUGAUGGGCCUUGUGAUGGGCAACCCCGUGGUCAGGGGCAUCUGAUGUCUCAGAAAAGUCCAUGGGAAAUGCCUUUAAAAGCCAGUCCUUCGAUGCCUUCUUUGAAAAACUAGAUUUCACGUUCAUCCUUUCACCCUCGCGAUAUUUGUGAAGCACCCACGAAGCACCAGGCAUGAUGCCAUCAUGAAAAGAAACCCCUCGUUGUGGCUAGAAUCAGCAGCAGCAAACAGUGUUACGGGACGAAUGGAGGGAUGACCACUGAUGCAGCUUUUUGUGUGGUUGUAGCUCAGAGAUGAUGUUGAUUGGCUCUCCGCAUUCAACAAAUUCUCUUUAUUCCCUUGACCACAACGAGGCCUCAUUUAGGUGAAAACGGCACAGCCUUGCUGGAGGAUCGUCCUUGGAAUUUAUGCCAUGGGUCCACCUUUUAUUUAUGCAUUUGUUCCUCCUCAUGCCUUCGAACACAACAACAAACAACAGCAAAACCCCAUGAGCUUGGGUCAUGGGUCGAGUCAGAAGGCAGAACGUAGUCCCUGCCCACAGAGGUUUUUAAGUAUCGGAGGCUUGUAGGCAAGUUACGAAAAGGGCAAGGCGGCAGAGAUGACAUAAGGAAGUAAUGAUUUAUUGUCUUCUGGACCAGAGAAACUUUCCUGAAAGAUGUGAUGAUUGAGUUAGGUUUUCCGACAAGGAGGAAUUCUCCAGGAAGACGAAAGGGUUGGUGGGAUAUUCGUGCUGAGGGGAGAGCAUGUGCAAAAGCACAGAAGCACAAAACUCCACGACGGGCCCACGGAGUCACGCAGGAACGCCAGAGCAUAAGAUGUAAUGGGCGGGGGCUUUGUUUCAUAGGUGGGCAGGGCUGGCUCAGAGAGAAAUCUGCCGAAGUGUGCAACUAGAUUUUAUACUAAAGGGGGUUUGGAGCUGCUGAUGGCUUCCAAUCAGGGCGUCGUGAUCAGCUUGACUUUUACAAAAGUCCGCUAGGCGGCUGGGGUGGAGAAUGGCUGGAGAGGAAGGCGGUGAAGGCCCAGACCUCCUGAUGAGGCCCAUCAGCUCAGAAACGUGCCUGGUGGCCUGCCUUACACUCCGUUUUCCCUUUAGAGCGCAUAGCUUGUUUCCCGCACAGAAUUUCACUUCCCCAACGCUCUGUGAGUAAGGCAUCUUAGGAAAGAUUUUCAAUAAGGAGAGGGAAGCAUUCAAAGAGCUAACGCUUGGUGCGGUUUCCAGGUCUGUCUCGUCCCACCACAGAACUGCCACGGGAGCCGGGAGGCCCUCUGCCGGUUUCUUACUCUUGCGUGAGUGCCGGGGGUAGCGCAUUGGAUGCCGCUGCAGGAGACGCGCAGUCCGAACAAAACCGUGGGCUUCUAGGGAGAGGACGGGGCGUUUUCUUUGGGUCUGGAAAAAGUUGGCUGAAAACUUUGACCAGUGUAUGUCUGGAGAAAAUGUCUCUACGGGGGGCUCAGAGUGGGUGGGCAGGAGGAGCCGCUGUGCUCAGAGCUGCUGCAGUAAGGGCUGAGAACGGGAGCCAGUCUGCAGUGUGACUGAUGCCUGAGCUGGAAAGUGGGGAGGUUUGGAGGCUGUUUCCGUGGGAAGUCAGGCAGCGGUGGCUUGGGGAGGCAGCAGGAGAGAUGGUUACAGAGACACAACUUGGCUCCAGUGACUCUCUGUGCGCUGGUGGCUGGCACCC